AUCACUUGUCUUAUCUUGAAAUUGACCACAGGCUUCCCUGGAACUUAGAAUGAAAUUGGUAUUUGCCCUAGGUGUGUUGUUGGUGUACGUGGCCUCGUCAUGUUUGGUUACUGGAGUGUUUAAGGGCUGGUCUGUGUUUGGUUCAGCAGCUCCACACCGAAGGGCGGAGGAGAUCAUUCUGCUUUAUUACCAUCCUCUCUCUCUUACAGAUAGUAUCAGUUUGGUUGUCUUCCUGCUGCUAAAGAUUUAGUGACAUUUUCGUCUCUGUUUGUCAGAGGUUACCAUUAUUAUCUUUACACCCGGGGCAUCUUCACCAUGAACCUGCUGACUGCUUCUCUGUUGUUCUGUGCCAUGAUGGCUCUCACCCAAGCCUUCAUAUGUCCUCCAGGCUGGAUAAAGUACGAUAUUCGUUGUCUGCUCUACGUUCCAGAAACUAGGACUUGGUCUGAUGCUGAGAGUCACUGUCAGUCCAUGAAUGGAGGCCUGGUAGCUGCACUAAAGAAUCAAUUUUCUGAAAAUAUCGAUGACAUCAUGGAGCAGAUUGGUCCUGAGAUUCCUCAACUCUUGGUCGGAGGCUGUAAUACAGAUAGCUCCUCUUGGGACUGGUCUACAUUUGGCUGGUACGGAGCACCCAGGAACCCCAGCUGUAUAAAGAGAACCUGUGAAGGAUCAUGGGAAUGCAUCGAUGCAGUACAGUGUAAAGAUGAACUGCCUUCCAUCUGCAGUAUAACUCUCAUGUAAUCCCUGAGCUUAAAGAGAAGCACAGACACAGGCUGACGUGUCUUUGUGCCAUCAGUCUCUUCUGCAGGAUUACCUUUUCUUUCUUUCUUGUGUUCUGCACAUUAAAACCUUAAGCAUUGAAAA